AUCUGUCUCAGGUCAUUCACUAUAGAAGCGUUGUUACUCAUCUCAGUGCGAGCAGGAGAAAUUGAUCCGACUUUGAAUGCGUUUUAAUUUCCUGCACUUAACAGCAUUGUGAACUGAACUUAAUAGAAGAAGUUUCACACUUAAAGGUUAGGCCUACUUGUCGCUCAGAGGGAAGUGAAAACGAUCAUUUGCGUGAUAUUUCUAGGUCGGACUUGGUUUUAUCGCCUACAAAGUGCUUUCAGAUAUAGGCUGACAUCUACAUUCUGCCCGAAGGACAUCAGCAAGAAAAGUUUGGUCGGACCCCAUGCACGCCCUGUUAACGUGCGGUUUGCGCAGCAGCACACAGCACACAGGCAGAACAAGGGAAAGCAUCUGAAAGCACGAGCGACAUUAUGUUCCAGUGAUGUGCGUUGUUGGCAUCAUCUCAGCCCCUCCAGAGGUUCAUGGGAAAAAGCCACUGAGGGGAAGGACCUGAGGGGAGAGGACUGCAGAUGAGCUUGUCACCAGGAGAGAAUUGAGGCCACUGCGUAUUUAGCGAAUGCAGCUCCAUGUGAAGUUGAAUAAACCAUUUUUUCUUCAGCAUCUUGAGCUGAGCAGGUGUGAGGGAGCUGCCACAGCUGCUCGGGGGAUCUGGUCUGGUGGAUGUCUAUGAGAGUUUUGCAGGCGAGGAGGCUGAGCUCAGCGGCUGCCAGGCUGCAGCUAUGGUCGUUGAGGUGAGGUGUCCUCCCUCAUCAGUGACCUCGCCGUUUGUCCCACCAUGCCGGAAGACCCUGUCGCCUCCAUCCUCUACAUCAUCCUGGAGCUGCUGAUUGCUAUGUUCUCCGUGCUGGGCAAUGUGCUGGUCUGCUGGGCUGUGUGCCUCAACAGCAACCUGCAGAGCAUCACCAACUUCUUUGUGGUGUCGCUGGCGGUAGCCGACAUCGCCGUGGGCGUCCUGGCCAUUCCCUUCGCCAUUGUCAUCAGCACCGGCUUCUGCUCCAACUUCUACGGCUGCCUGUUCAUCGCCUGCUUUGUGCUGGUUCUCACCCAGAGCUCCAUCUUCAGCCUGUUGGCCAUCGCUAUAGACCGGUACAUUGCAAUCAAGAUCCCACUCAGGUACAACAGCUUGGUGACAGGCCAGCGGGCACAAGGCAUCAUCGCCAUCUGCUGGGUUUUAUCCAUCAUCAUCGGCCUGACCCCCAUGAUGGGCUGGCACAAGCUGUCCGAGAGCGCCAACAGCACCUGCCCCCCCGGCCUGAUGAAGUGCCUGUUUGAGGAGGUGGUGGUCAUGGAGUAUAUGGUCUACUUCAACUUUUUUGCCUGUGUGCUGAUUCCCCUGCUGCUGAUGCUGGCCAUCUACCUGUGUAUCUUCAUGGCCGCUCGCCACCAGCUCAAGCUGAUGGAGGUGAAAGCCGUUCACGGAGAGAAGUCGCGCUCGACGCUGCAGAAGGAGGUGCAGGCUGCCAAGUCGCUGGCCAUCAUUGUCGGGCUGUUUGCAGUCUGCUGGCUGCCUUUACACAUCAUCAACUGCUUCACCCUCUUCUGCCCUCAGUGUGAGCGUCCUCCGCUCUGGAUCAUGUAUGUGGCCAUUAUUCUCUCCCAUGCCAACUCUGUGAUCAACCCCUUUAUCUACGCCUACCGCAUCCGGGAGUUCCGACAAACCUUUCGUAAGAUUAUCCGCCGCCACAUUCUGGGCCAGCGGGAGCGGUUUGAGAGUAGCAGCAGUAUGCGCAACUCCACUCACAACAGCAUCACUGACUCCAUCAGACUCAAGGCAAACGGCCUCAGCUUUGACGUUUUUACUGAACACAACAGCUGCAGUAGCUGUGAAAGUUCUGUAGGGGGCGGUCUAGUGGCGGUAUCCCAACCCCCUCUCUCAGUUGUCAUCUCCCACUGUCCUAAGAUGGGCUCUUGUCCACUGCAAGCCCUCAGACAGACUCAAAUUCCCAGAGGUCAACAUCUAUAGCGUGCUGGCAAAGGUGUCCUAACACAGGAGCGGAUCAUUUACUAGUAUUCAGGAGCCUUGCAGUAAAAUGUCAAUGUCAGCUCAGCAGCAGCUCUCAAAGGAAAUGGGAGAACAGUAAGCAAAUAAUGGACAACGAAUGUCACUGAGAUAGCUCAAAUCUCCUUGCUGUGAGAAACUGUCUCCACUAUUUAAACAGUGAUGUUUUAAUUUAAACUAGACUAAAAGUCUAAAAGCACUGCUAGCUGCCCAAAGAGUUGUUCUGCUUCAAGACCCCCCACAUGACCAAGAGUGGUUUGAAUGGAAUGAGGGACUGAUGCCUGAAAGCAGGUCACACCUCAAAAAUGGUUCUGCAUUAAAUGAAUUAAACAAGAGCACAAAAUCCUUGGCAUUGUAUUUGCAAAUAGUUAGAGUUCAGUACGAAUGCACUUUGACUGUUGAAAUAGCUUAAACCCACCAAAGCUCAGCUCAAUAUGGAAAGAAGUGGGAGCAUGGACCCAUCACUCUCUUCAAACAAGAAUGGAAAAGGCGAUGAUUGUCUUUUCAGGAAGUCGCUCCUGCAGGUAGAAAUAAUAUAUGAUGGUUUCAAUUUUUCAGGGAUGUGGAUAUAAACGUACUCUGAUGGAUUUCAGCACAGAGCACCACCAUGGUGUAUGGGCAGAGCAUUAUUGCUUAUGCAAGGCAAGGCAAGUUUAUUUGUAUAGCACAUUUCAACAACAAGGUAAUUCAAAGUGCUUUACAUAAAAUAUAAAAGCAACAGGGAAAUAUAAAAAAGUUUAAAAGCAACAUAGAGAAAUUGAAAAAAUACACAUUAAAAUAUAAGUUACAGUGCAGUGUAAAAUCAGGGUUAAAAGAGUUAAAUGGAAAACAAAAACAGGCUGAGGGGUUGAGCAAAUUAUGAUGCAGUACUGCAUCAUAAUUUGCACCCCAUCCUGAGGACCUGCCAGGUGCACAGACGGCGCCACCAGCCUGCUUAGCAACGUUCACCCUCAUUUGCAGAAAAUUAAACAUUUUUCACAUUCAGCAUAUUCCUUUGUAGUUCAGCCUCAACAGGAAUGAAUCGGUUCCGGUUUCAUUUUUCACCGAGUUGCUCCCUGUUACUUUUGAAUUCUUUCACCAGUGACAGGCUGGUUCAGGUUUGUGUCAAUAGCGAAGUUAAUGGUGUAAUGCUGAAAUAACCUUGUAUUUUUGUUUGCUCAAUGGGACAAUGUGAAUUGACUGUCCUUGUGUAAGUUAUAUUCAUGUAAAUGUUGACUUCUGAGAUAGUUUGAUGAAUGAUGGGAAAUUAUUUGAAGAGGACUGUGAAUGCUUUUAUUUUAGACUUAAAUCAAACUCAUGGAAGACACUUGUUUUUUAUUUUUCCUGAUAAAUUCAUCCUCAGUCCAGUGCAGCUAUUGCCUUCUAUGGAAGGCUAGCGAAAAGUCCUGUCUUUAAAUAAAUCCUUUUACUUUUUCAA